AUGGCCGUCCGGAACUCAGAAACUCUUCAGAAUGGCAAUACCCAAAGCUCUUUUCAUCAGCCUUUGCAGUCCUCGGGGGCUUUGGAUAAAUUUGUCUACGAAGACAUUACUCCCGUCAUUGGGCGCGAGUUUCCUCAUCUGAAUGUUGUGGAUGACUUGCUCAAUUCGCCAAAUUCAGAAGCAUUGAUCCGCGAUCUGGCUAUUGCAAUCUCUCAGCGCUGCGUAGUAUUCUUCCGCGCACAAGAAAAUCUCACUGAAGAGCAACAAAGACAACUUGUUUCUCGACUGGGUGAGAUGAGCGGCAAGCCCGCCGACUCAACAUUUUUCAUCAAUCCAAUCCAAAGAGAGGCGACUGAUGGUACGGCCGUUGCAGACCCUGAGAUCACUCGGAUCAAUUCUCGGGGUCGACCAGACGUAGCUGCAACUCAACCCAAUCCUCGUCGGUUUGAUGAGGCUUUGUGGCAUGCGGAUGGGCAGUUUGAAACCUGUCCCCCUUCUUUCACCUCGUUGCGUCUCAGUGAGGUGCCGAGGAAUGGUGGUGACACUCUCUGGGCAUCCGGCUAUGAGCUUUAUGAUCGUUUUUCUAAGCCUUAUCAAAGCUUCUUGGAGGGUUUGACUGCAACUUUCAUUGGAGAUGGUUACACUUGGUCAGCUGGGCAGAGCGGUGGGAAGAUGACCAUCAAUGAAGGUCCCCGGGGCAGCCCUCUUAACGUUGGCAAGGAUUUGAAGGUCGUCCAUCCAGUGGUUCGCACUCAUCCUGUUUCUGGCUGGAAGUCCAUCUUCCCGGUCGGACCUCGGAAUCCUUGGGAGUUUGGUUCACCAAAGUACAUCAAUGAGCUCCAUCCGAAUGAGUCCGAUGAGCUGCUCAAUCGGUUCUACGACACUAUUCUCCAAAAUCAUGACUUGACUGUUCGGUUCAAAUGGAGAGAAAAUGAUAUGGGUAAGGAUAAUGGCUCAAGCCUAAAGAAAUUUUUGCUGACCCGUCUCAAUUUAGCCAUUUGGGACAACCGUUGUACCUUCCAUAGUGCAACCUUUGACUAUGACGGGAAUGGGGAGCGCGUAGGGGCUCGUAUCGCGGGGGCUGGGGAGGUGCCUUAUCUGGAUCCAAAUAGCAAGUCCCGGACUGAAGCAUUGGCUAAGAAUGUUUGA